CCUUUUUUCUUUGCUGCCAUGAACUCCGUCACAGCUCUCAUCUGUCUGUCUUCGCUGCUUCUGGGUUCAACUGCCUCUACCAGCACCAGCCUUUGGGGUAAGAAGGUGCAGUUAAAGGGUCGUACAUGUAUUUGGCAGCUACAGCCAGAUGUUGUGAUACCAGCCCUCGCCGAGCUGAGUGUGUGCAUGCUUAUACGGCGCUCCUAUGACACAGACUGGACAGGUUUUGACUACAAAGCACCAGGGGGAAUAUACACAGAGCUGGGCCUCGGGGGCACGGCCGGACAGAUGACAGUAUGGCUUUUUGGAGAAAAACAAAUCUUGAAAAGUAAUAUGAAAUUGCAUGAAUGGCAAUCUGUCUGUGUCACCUGGUCUGGCCCGGCUCAGAGGCUGCAGGUCUACAUUAAUGGAACCAGGCUGCUUGAGGCCCCCGUGAGCCCCAAAACACCCCGGAAACUGGCCCCAGGCGGCACCCUCACUCUGGGGGUGUCUCAUUACGUAGCGGCAAGCGGUGAAGUGAAGCCGGAGACGGGGAAGGAACUGCUCGGUGACAUUGGUCUGUUCAGGAUUUGGGCCAGAGAAUGGAGCGCCGUGGAGCUGAGCGGGCCCAGCUGUGCGGAUGGAGACGUGGUGAGGUGGGACCUGCAGCACUGGAGGCACGGCUGCCCUGCUGUGCCUGACAGCACCAUACACUGUGGUAAAUAUGCAUUUUCAUUUCAUGAUGACGCAGUUUGAGCUGUCAGG